CAUUUUUAACAAAUGUCAAUAUGUCAAUUGCGUCAUCACGACACGGACACGAAUAAAUUUUGCGAAGCUGCAAUGUUUUUUAAUUAAAAAGACUUAAUUCCAAGCAAGUACAGGGCAUCAAGUUUCAGGUAACAAGAUGUCUUCGUCGGCGAUUUACAUAUUGGAUGUAAAGGGCAAAGUUCUCAUAUCGAGAAAUUACCGUGGAGAUGUCGACAUGGGGGUCAUAGACAAGUUUAUGCCGCUUCUGAUGGAGAAGGAAGAAGAGGGCAUGUUGACGCCGUUGCUGCAGACCAGCGAGUGUACCUUCGCGUAUAUCAAGACGAACAACCUCUACAUCGUGUCUACUACGAAGAAGAACGCCAACAUCGCUCUCGUGUUUGUGUUUCUCUAUAAAAUAGUUGAAGUGAUGACCGAGUACUUUAAGGAAUUAGAGGAGGAAAGUAUUCGCGACAACUUUGUCGUGAUUUACGAGUUGCUAGACGAACUGCUGGACUUCGGCUACCCGCAGACGACCGACAGCAAGAUCCUGCAAGAGUACAUAACACAAGAAGGCCAUAAGUUAGAAAUGCAGCCUCGGAUCCCAAUGGCGGUCACCAACGCCGUCUCGUGGAGGUCUGAAGGUAUUAAAUACAGGAAAAAUGAAGUGUUCCUCGAUGUGAUCGAAUCGGUUAACUUAUUGGCUAACUCCAAUGGGAAUGUUCUAAGGAGUGAAAUAGUGGGUGCCAUCAAAAUGAGAGUCUACUUAUCCGGUAUGCCUGAAUUGCGGCUUGGAUUGAAUGACAAAGUGCUCUUUGAAAGCACAGGCCGGGGCAAAUCAAAGUCUGUUGAGUUAGAAGAUGUGAAAUUCCACCAGUGUGUGAGACUGUCGCGAUUUGAAAACGACAGAACAAUCUCAUUCAUACCGCCCGAUGGAGAGUUUGAACUUAUGUCGUACAGAUUAAACACCCAUGUCAAACCUCUGAUAUGGAUCGAGUCUGUGAUAGAGCGUCAUGCACACUCUAGAGUUGAGUAUAUGAUCAAAGCUAAAUCCCAGUUUAAGAGACGUUCCACGGCCAAUAAUGUGGAGAUAAUAAUUCCCGUCCCGGCUGAUGCCGAUUCACCAAAAUUCAAGACCACUAUAGGAAGUGUGAAGUAUACUCCAGAACAAAACGCAAUCACUUGGUCUAUUAAAUCAUUCCCAGGAGGUAAAGAGUACUUGAUGCGAGCCCACUUUGGUCUCCCGUCCGUUGAGUGUGAGGACACCGAUGGCAAGCCACCUAUUCAAGUCAAAUUUGAAAUCCCGUACUUCACAACCUCCGGAAUCCAAGUGAGAUAUCUCAAAAUCAUUGAGAAGAGUGGCUACCAAGCACUACCGUGGGUCCGAUACAUUACACAGAACGGCGACUAUCAACUGAGAACUAACUGAAAUAUGACUUGUUGUUUUAUUACAUUCCUUUUUAACCGACUUCAAAAAAGGAGAAGGUUCUUAUUUAUAAGUUGCACCUAGAAUUUAAUCUUUAAGUUAUAUGUAUGCAAUUUUAAUUGUAUUUUGGAAGUAUUAUUGUUAAAAAUAUUUGACCCCAUAAUAAAAUAUAAUCCUAGAUAAGUUUUUUGUUUGAAAAAUGAAAGAUCUUCCAACCAUGAGAUGCUAAGCCAUCAAUGUAUCCUAUUUGCUUAUGUAUAAGUACAUGAAUGAUCAUUAAAAAACUAGAAAAAUA